AUGCUCGGAGAAAUUUUCUAUUUUGGAUUAGUGGUCACAGUUUGCCUUUCGGAAAUUGUGAGUUCUAGAAUUUAUUCAGAAAUAAAUACUGUGGGAUUUUUUGAAGACUCUAGGAUACAAAUUUAGAAAAUAAAAAUUUUCUGACCAUGAAUGUUACUGUAUUUUCUCUAAAUAUUUUCUGAGAAUUACAGUAAUUUUCAAUUUUUUUCCUGGAGAUUUCAAGAGCUAAUAUAAUUUUCGGGAGUUUUGAGGUUAUUGUAAAUACAAAACUGCAUAAUAUCAGGUUCCCCAAAAUAUUUUAUCAAAGUUUUCUAACCAUAAAGAUUACUGUAUUUUCUCCUAAUAUUUUUCUGAGAGUUACUGUCUUAAUUUUUUGAGAGUCAAAUUUUUUAUCAAAACUUAUUUGAGCCCAAAUAUGUUUUAAUUCCACCGCAACUGCUUAUUAUAAAAUCAUUUUUCUCUAGAUUAAUAUCCCGCCACAAACUGAACUUGCAAUUGUUCGCUCAAAAAGACAAUGCGGUGGAUCAAAUGGUUGUUGUGCUGGAAUUUGUAAUUGUGGAGAUAUGGGACAAUGCGGUCAAAUGUGUUGUAUGCCAUCUCAGCCAAAUCCAUGUGCUUGUGGAACUCCAGGCUGUAUGCAAUGUGUGGAACAAACUGUUUUAGUUCCUGUGCAAGUUACAAGUUGUUGCAAAUGUUGUCAACCAGUUUGUACAAAUGCUUGUGUAACUGGAGGAGGUUGUAGUUGUGGAUGUACACGUGGAGGAUGCGGAAGGAAGAGAAGAUCACUUUUAGCGAUUGCGAAUGAAGAAAUGAAUAAGAGAGGAGAACAUAUGAUUGGAAUUAAUUGA